GACUGAAGUCUGGAAAGACAUGAGUUCUCUAUCUUUGUCCCUCAUCCAAUGGCUCCCAGUGAAUUUUGUUUUCCUGGACUGGAGAAUUAUAACAUUUGGGAGAGGGAAUUCUACUCUUUUUUGAGGAAAAACAGAGAACCUGGGACAACUCCCUACUGCUCCCAAUGCUCCUCUAGCUGCCUAAGACUUAGAUUAAGAUACAGCAUCCAGACCUGUCUCACCUCCUUGAAGACAACUCGCUACACACUCCCUGAAUACACUUCUGUCUUACUUAGAAGUAAAUUCUUUAUGACUUAUCUCCUCAAGGAUUUGUCUGUUUUCUUAGGAGAGGUGGAAGUAACAACUGAAUUUUUCCCAAGCAUUAAUGACUGUAGGUUAUAGGAUAUCUCCACACUUUCUAUUUCAUCUUAGUCUAGCCCAAGAAGAGAAUAAGCAAUUUGCAGUUAUGAUCUAAGAAGACAUUAGUAUCAAAAAUUGCAAGUGAUUAGAAAUUGGUAAAAUAAAAGACAUCUUCUACCAAGACCUGCUUAAGAUGUGGAGAAAGAUUCUUCAAAAUCAGAUAAUGUAACUGGAACUAAGUCCCUUCCAAAAUCAAUGAAUGAGACAAAUUAUUCUCGGGUAACAGAAUUUGUGUUGCUGGGACUGUCUAGUUCAAGGGAGCUCCAACCUUUCUUGUUUCUGAUAUUUUCACUACUUUAUCUAGCAAUUCUGCUGGGCAACUUUCUCAUCAUCCUCACUGUGACCUCAGAUUCCCGCCUUCACACCCCUAUGUACUUUCUGCUUGCAAACCUCUCAUUUAUAGAUGUAUGUGUUGCCUCUUUCGCUACCCCUAAGAUGAUUGCAGACUUUCUGGUUGAGUGUAAGACUAUUUCUUUUGAUGCCUGCUUGGCCCAGAUUUUCUUUGUUCAUCUUUUCACUGGCAGUGAAAUGGUGCUCCUAGUUUCCAUGGCCUAUGACCGCUACGUUGCCAUAUGCAAACCUCUCCACUACAUGACAAUAAUGAGCCGCCGUGUAUGUGUUGUGCUCGUCCUCAUUUCCUGGUUUGUGGGCUUCAUCCAUACUACCAGCCAGUUGGCGUUCACUGUUAACCUGCCAUUCUGUGGUCCUAAUAAGGUAGAUAGUUUUUUCUGUGACCUUCCUCUAGUGACCAAGUUAGCCUGCAUAGACACUUAUAUUGUCAGCCUACUAAUAGUUGCCGACAGUGGCUUUCUCUCUCUGAGUUCCUUUCUACUCUUGGUUGUCUCCUACACGGUAAUACUUGUUACAGUUAGGACUCGCUCCUCUGCAAGCAUGGCAAAGGCCCGCUCCACGUUGACUGCUCACAUCACUGUGGUCAGUUUAUUCUUUGGACCAUGCAUUUUCAUCUACGUGUGGCCCUUCAGCAGUUACUCAAUUGACAAAGUCCUUGCUGUAUUCUACACCAUUUUCACGCCUAUUUUAAACCCUGUAAUCUACACGCUAAGGAACAAAGAAGUGAAGUCAGCUAUGUCAAAACUGAAGAGUCGGUAUCUGAAGCCUGGUCAGGUUUCUGUAGUCAUAAGAAAUGUUCUUUUCUUAGAAACAAAGUAAACUUAUGAGAAUGUUACCACUUUAGCCCUGUCUCUAUAUGCUUACAAGUGGAUUCACUGUAAUGUUAAAGCAAUUCAACUUGGCCAAUUGGAAAGUUCUGUUGAUUGAUUAAAUUAAACUGUAAUGAUAAUAAAAAUUCAUAAAAUAA